CACUGUGUUUCUACCCUAUACAUAGAACAACCUCACAAAAUGCCCAGAAGAGGUAACCCCCAGGAUGGCAACUACUACAGAUGGAAAGGACAUACCCAUUUUGCCACAGAUGAAGCUCUGGGUAUUGGACUUUUUAUUUUGGUGCUGGCAAUUUUACUUGCUUUUGGCUGCUGGUAUUACAGAAGACGUAGUGGCUACAAAAGUCUGCGGAGCAAAAGCUUUAGUGUGAGCACAAUACGAAACGUGGUAGGUGAGAGAGAACCCCUGGACUGCAAAAUGGCUCUGCAGGACUACAACGACUUUAAUUCUGUGGUAAGUUCUGUGGUUCCUGAUGCUCCACCAGCUUAUGACAAAAUUGCUGCAGAUCAAUCACCACCACCUUAUUCACCAUGAUAACAUGAAAAUUUAAACACUAAACAUACCGACUUUCCUUUUCCAUGCUUGCUCUUAAUUUCCUGCACAUACCUAACUUUCUUAAAGCUAAAAUCAUAUGAAAGAAAAUAACACAUUUUCAUUAGCAGUUGCUGAAAAGUAUUCUCACUUAAUUCACAGAACUGGUCCUUAAAAUGCCUUAAUAAUUCUGAAUGUGCUUUUAAAUAUUUCACUUAUUGUGGUCAGAUUAAUACRUUAUGCUCUGGUCAUCUUGAAUACUUCACAGGUCCACACAGAUCUGUAAUUACAUACUAUUCAGUAUGAAUCAGAGUAAAAAGUGAUGGCACUGUUGUGUUCACCUUCCUCAUUUAGUGUCCCUUUCUUAAACAAAAAGCAAGAAAAAAAAACCACCCCAAACUAUUCCUUAGAAUGUGAUGUACAAUGAGCAAAACCAUGUCCUGUUACAGACUGUUUUCCUCAACAGCAGUUUUUAAAUUAACUUCAAAAAAAGUGACUGUUUUACAACACUUUUUGACUUCACAUCACUUGUUUAUCUACCUGUAAUCAAUUAAUCCUGUUUUAAAAAAGAUCAAUCUACCUGUGAUUUGGUAUAAUGAGACCACCUUUAGUUUCCUUGUGGCAGUCGUGUGAGAAAGCAAAAGAACUUUGAAAAUAAAAAGCUUUACAUGUAAUUUGUUUCUAACAUGACAAAACUAUAUAAGAAAAUGCAGGAAAACCACUUUUCUUGAAGAAUACAGAAGACAGCCGAUUCCAAGGUGUUAAUUUUCCCAGCUUGCCAGAACACUAGCAAUAAUACAAAACAAAGCAUAUUUAUAUGCAUAAAUUUGCUAGACACAUUUGAUAGUUAUUGUUUGYUUAGCCUUUUUGUUAUUGCUUAUUUGCAAGAUUAUUACUUAAGAUUAUAUGCAGAUCAACAAAUUUGUACAAAAGGCCURAUAGCUCACAGCAGCAGGCAGCUAAAACUGUACAACAUUCAUUCAAAUCAAAAGUUGUUACAGAAGAAAACUAAUGUCAUAAAGCAAUUAUUAACUGCUAUAAGAAAAGAAUCUAGUUCUUUGUCAUCAAAUAUGCAAAUACAAACACCUUAAAACAAAACCAGUUUUAAACACAAGGCACAUUUACUUGCCAAGCAUAAACCCUAUAUAUUUUGAUAAAUAAUAAAGCCGGUUUUUAAAUUUUUUUUUUAAAUAAAAUGUUUAUCUUGAUUGGUAAAAUUGUUGUAAUGUAAGAAAUAUCUGUAAUUGCUGUGAAAGGUUAUAUUCCACCCAUAUGUUUUUAUAAAUUUAGUUGAUAUAUUUAUUUAGAAACGUAGAGAGGUAUUUUAACCUAAAAAGCCGUCUUACCAAUGUCACUUUCAAUAUCUGCUUGUCAGGAAAAAAACUGUGGAACUGUUUAGUAACAGGAAGAAUACAUACGAAAAAUAUUUUUUARAAGCCAGUUUAUAGCUGCUAAGCACUAGAGAUGCAGAACAUAAUGGUUGACUAAGYUUUUUGCAGGAUGAUAAGCUAAAGCUUGAGGCUGAUAUCUUUAGCAACUCUGUGCUCUGCAAUUCUCUGCUCUAGUCAAAGACGGUGUAGUGCUAAAGUGGAAUGAACUCACAUAUGCAUUCAUUCUAAGAAAAAAAAUUAAUUGCUAUAGAGAUUAUUUCUAUAAAGAGUUAAAAUGCUUACAGUUCAAAAAGCUUUACUUGAUCCCACAUAUUUUUAGUAAUGUCAGAACUAAUAUAUUACCAGCUGUUGCAAAAGCUCAUGAGGAAGUUAACAUCAAUGAAGUAGAAAUAUUAAUUUAUUUGUAGAAUUACAUAAGGUCAAAUUGCUAGAAAUCCUCAGCAGCCAGAGCUGGAACAAUUAAACUUUGACCUGAAUUUAUAAAUACUUAAAGGAUAGAUGAGCCCUCAUGGAAACCUAUCCUUAAUUUUCAGAAAAUCCUCUUUUUUUUCUCCCUGUGAAAACGGUAUUUUUGCUUUACAGACACAGUUAGACAGUGGUCUCAGAUUUUAGUACAUUAAAAUAAGACCAUGAAAUAGAGCUUCACAGAGAACUCUAUUAAAUAGGUGUAAACUUCAGCACUCAUUCGCAAUACCGUUGCAAAUUCCAUUUUUCAAACCUGGCUCUAUAUCCAGUAAUGGUACACUUCAGAAUUUGGCUGAUGGCUCAUUAAGAAAACACAGAUACAAGAUAGAAGAAAGUACCACAAACUUUCCAUAGGAAGAAGUCACUUUUUUUGGAGUCUCACUAGUCAAAUGAAACAUGACUGGCAUUUGCAGGUGGUUGCUAGGACAAUCCACUGACAUUUACCUCAGCAUUCUCUUUUGGCUUAACUCCUGUUACAGAUGGGGAUAUAUGUAUAUUAGCUUGGCCCUAAGAACUGUAUUAGUAUUAGCCAUAUUGCUUGUAAUUUUUCAGUGAAGUAUUUUGAUUCAUAUUUAUGUCUAGUAUCGGUGAAAUAUCCAUUGCUUUGUUUGUGUUAUGUCAAUGUACUCACAUGAUAAAAGAGUACUUAUUUUUUUCUUUAAAAAAGCAAACUUUUCACUUCUUACAUAAAAGGUUAAUGAGUUUAUUCAUCUUUGGAGAAGCAGCAUUUAUUCACUUGUCCUUUUCUGCUGACUGCAUAUUAAACUGUGCAACAAAAUUGAAAGGUU